UCCUCUCUCCAGGAAGAAUAUGAAGAGCUGCUUCGUUACGCUAUAGUAACUCCAAAUAUUGAAUCAAGUACCACGCAGUCAUCUCAUCUUAAGGGAGACGUGGUGCCAGAUGUUAAAACUCCUUUUAUCCACCAGCUGCUCCAUGGGACAGAAAAUAACCUUAUAGUAAAAGAAACUGGGAUGGAACCUGGAAAGCCAUGUGAUUUAAAUGUGUCAAGUCAUUCAAAGACAGAUGGGUCAUCACCCUUGUCGCCUCCAAGGAAGCCCACUCACCCAGUCAUGGAUUUUUUCAGUUCACAUCUUUUGGAUGACUCUUCCUCUCCAGCAUCUAAUUCAGUGUCCAAUGUGGCAGAUGCCCAUGAAGUGGUGGGGAGUGAAUUUCUUAUUUCUGAUGAAAACCUUCAUAAGAUGGAAAAUGUCCUUGAUCUUUGGUGUUCAGAUCUUAAGACAAAUGUCCUAUCUGAGCUAAGUAAAUGGAGACUUAAUUUUAUUGACUGGUAUCGAAUGGAAAUGAGAAAGGAGAGAGAAAAACAUGCAGCACAUAUAAAACAACUGUACACCCAAAUCAAUGACUUGAAGGAGCUGCAGAGUGCUUAUGAAGUCUCUAUUGGGAGAAAAGAUGAGGUGAUAUCUAGCUUAUCUCAAGCCAUAGGAAAGCAAAAGGAAAGAAUAGAGUUAAUGAGAACAUUCUUCCAUUGGCGAAUUGGACAUGUCAGAUCCAGACAGGAUGCUUAUGAAGAUAAACUAGCUGACCAGUACUUCCGGAGAACUUUACUGAAGAAAGUGUGGAAAGCCUGGCAUUCUACAAUAGAAAAGCAGUGGAAGGAUGUAGUGGAACGGGCGUGCCAAGCAAGAGCUGAGGAAGUUUGUCUCCAGAUUUCCAAUGAUUAUGAAAACAAAGUUGCUGUGUUAUCUGGAGCUUUGGAAAAUGCAAAAGCAGAGAUACAAAGAAUGCAGCAUGAAAAAGAACAAUUUGAAGAUUCCAUGAAAAAAGCUUUCAUGAGGGGUGUGUGUGCAUUAAAUCUUGAAGCCAUGACUAUAUUUCAAAGCAGAAACGAAACAGGGAUGGACAUGACAAAUAGUAGGAGAGAAGACUAUGGGCCUGGUGUUCAGGUGAGAGAACCUUCUGCUCAUGUGGACUCUUCGGCUCCUCUGAUGUCUUCAGUGGCUCCACCACCACCACGGCCUCCAACGCCAGCAACAAUGGCGACAGGCGGAACGGCCAACGCUACAGCUGUCCCUUCUGCUGUUUCCAUUACCUCGGCUGGGACCGCUUCUGCUGCUUCCAUUCAUACUCCUGCUUCCAUUCCUCUUAUUACAGGCCCAGGAGCCCCUGCUGCACCAGAGGAAAUGUUUGUGCCGAGAGUUGUGACAUCUGCACAGCAGAAAGCUGGAAGAACUAUUACAGCUCGGGUCACAGGAAGAUGUGAUUUUGCUUCAAAAAAUAGAAUUAGUAGUGGCCUAGCCAUAAUGGGAGUUUCUCCUCCCAUGAGCUCAGUUGUUGUGGAAAAGCAUCAUCCGGUCACAGUGCAAACCAUUCCUCAGGCCACUGCAGCAAAGUAUCCCCGAACCAUCCAUCCAGAAAAUAGUACUUCAGCUUCCAGGUCUCUGGGACCCAGACCAACUCACACCCCGUCUCUCGCAAGUAUUCAUUCCAUAAAAGUGGUUGACUGA